UAACCAAGAUAGAGCGAUUGAGAGAGCAGAAGAAGAGAGAGUGAAAUCGAACACAUGGAGAAGGCGAAGCAGCUUCUGGAAUUGACUCGGAAGGAAUCGGACGCCGUCGAGAAACUCUCCGUCCGGCCAAAGAAAGCCGGAGAGUUAUGCUUCUAUACCUUCUUCGCUCUCAGAGGGAUCCGAGUCGACCGUGUCGAACCAGGACUCGUCGUUUGUACGCUCAAGGUCCCCCCGCGCCUCACUGAUCGAUCGGGGAAACUGGCUUCGGGAGCCAUCGCAAACCUGGUGGAUGAAAUCGGUUGUUCCGUAAUCUACGAUGAAGCCCUACCGGAGCCGGUUUCCGUCGACAUGUCGAUCUCGUAUAUGUCGACUGCAGACGUCGAUGAUGAAGUGGAAAUUGUAUCAAAGCUUUUAGGUCAAAAAGGGCGUUACUCUGGAACCAGUGUGAUUAUUAAGAACAAAAGGAAUGGAGAAAUUGUCGCUGAAGGAAGGCACUCGUUGUUCAGCAUACGGCCGAGUAUUGUAAACUCUAAACUGUGAGUGAAGCUGGAGAAGUUAAUUUGAUAUUAUGGCCGUGAAAAAUGUGGGUGCUGCCAUUUUAAUUUUAGAUCAAACAAAUAUUUUCUGAUUCUGUAUCUUCCCAGCCUAUGAUUAUUUUGAAUAUUUGUAUGGAGAUUUUUUAAUUUUACGGUCAAAAUGUCGUUCGAUCCAACUUCUGAAAAUAAGAAUGUAUAACUUUUGUUUGUUAUUUUUCAUUGCUUUUCAAAAUGUAUGUCAAACGAUAUUUUGGGUGUGAAA